UAUUCUGCCAUGCUUUGAUUGCUUUUACAUUCCACUCAGGUUCGGGCUAUUCGAGGUGACCUUCAAGUGGCAUAACUUCUAAUUUUUAUCUACACGCGGAAUUGUUUAUCUCAGUCUUGAACUCUUGAAUUGCCUUACCAAGCGUUCUUGUAUCCUUGUUCAAGGCACAAUAAUUUUAAUUUUUUCGCAUGUCAAUUUUUGUGGUUCAAAAUAAAUUGUUUUGGGGUGUUAUUUUCAAAAAUAAGUGAAAGAGGCAGGAAAAUAAGUAGAAAAACAUGUCCAGGGAACGAGCAUCUAGAAGGUUCUAUCGGAUGGAAUCUAAUACUAAUCUCGUAGGUCUUUUAGACAGGGGGUUAGCUGCUGAGCAAGAGAAUCGUUGGUGUUUUGAAGUAGCAUGGGAGGCAGCAAACAAGGUCGGUGGUAUUUACACUGUCAUCAGGUCGAAAGCAUAUGUUUCAACAGAAGAAAUGGGGGACCAAUACUGUCUUAUUGGUCCCUACAAGGAACAUUGUGCAAGAACUGAGGUUGAAGAGGGCCCUCUCUCUUCUGAAGCCUUAAAUAGAGCUAUAGAUGCACUGAGAAACAAAGGUUUUAAAGUUGUUUCUGGGAGAUGGUUGGUGGAUGGCAAUCCACAGAUAAUUCUCAUGGACAUUGGGUCAGCAGCUUGGAAAUUAGAUGAAUUUAAACAAGAACUUUGGGAGAAAACAAAUAUCGGAGUACCUCAUUUAGACGUUGAAGCAAAUGACUCCAUUAUUUUGGGAUCAAUGGUAGCUGAGUUUCUCUCAGAAUUCAGAAAUAUUUCUGCUGAAUACACAGAAGGAAAUACUCCAAGAAUUGUGGCACAUUUCCAUGAAUGGCAAGCAGGAGUUGGUUUAAUUGUCAGUCGAAUUAGGCAUAUCAAUAUUGCUACAGUUUUUACUACUCACGCUACACUUUUGGGAAGAUAUUUGUGUGCUGGCAACACAGAUUUUUAUAAUAAUCUCAGUACUUUUAGUGUGGAUGAAGAGGCUGGAAAGAGACAAAUAUAUCAUCGUUACUGCAUUGAGAGGGCCGCUUCUCAUUUGGCCCAUUCUUUUACUACAGUUUCUGAAAUCACAGGUUACGAGGCUGAACAUUUACUAAAGAAAAAACCGGACGUCAUCACGCCGAACGGUCUGAAUGUCAAAAAAUUCUCUGCUCUCCAUGAAUUCCAAAAUCUUCACGCACUUUCCAAGGACAAAAUCCACGAAUUCGUUAGAGGACACUUUUACGGUCAUUACGAUUUCGAUUUAGACAAAACAUUGUACUUUUUUAUUGCUGGACGGUACGAAUUCGGUAAUAAAGGAGCGGAUAUUUUCAUUGAGGCAUUGGCUAGGCUUAAUCACUAUUUGAAGUCUACACACCCCGACAUCACUGUAGUAGCCUUUAUGAUAUUCCCUGCAAAAACAAAUAAUUUUAAUGUAGAAUCUCUGAGAGGACAUGCCGUAACUAAAUCUUUGAGGGAUACCAUAAAUGAAAUUCAAAAUAAAAUUGGAAAGCGCAUGUACGAAGUUUGCUUAAGUGGAAGACUACCAGACAGUAGCGAAUUACUACAAAAAGAAGAAAUGGUGAGACUUAAAAGGUGUAUCUAUUCUUUACAACGAGAUGGUCUACCUCCGGUAACCACCCACAAUAUUUGCGAUGACUGGAACGAUCCCGUGUUGAACUCGGUUAGAAGGUGUAACUUGUUUAAUACUACACACGAUAGAGUAAAAAUUGUUUUUCACCCUGAAUUCCUUAGCUCAACUAACCCCCUAUUUGGAUUAGAUUAUGAAGAAUUUGUUCGAGGAUGCCAUUUAGGAGUGUUUCCAAGUUAUUACGAACCUUGGGGUUACACACCCGCUGAGUGUACUGUAAUGGGUAUUCCAAGUAUUACAACCAAUCUAUCAGGUUUCGGUUGCUUCAUGCAAGAACACAUCACAGACCCCAUGUCCUACGGUAUAUACAUAGUUGAUCGUCGUUUCAUAGGAUUAGACGAUUCCGUUAAUCAAUUAGCUCAGUAUAUGUAUGACUUUGCGCGAUUAAGCCGAAGACAGAGGAUAAUUCAAAGGAACAGAACUGAGAGGCUGAGCGAUUUGUUGGACUGGAGAAAUCUAGGAGUAUAUUAUCGCCAAGCAAGAAUGAAGGCGCUGCACAAAGUAUUCCCUGACUAUAAGGAAGAAAUGGAAUUAGGCAUGGCGUUUAGAUACCCAAGACCUAUAUCGGAACCACCGUCUCCCACUUCGAGCAAAGUUACUACGCCUGCGGCUUCAGUUCAUGGUUCUGAUGAUGAAGGAGACUCUAUAGAUUCCGAGGGAGAGUUGGAAGAGUUGAGAAGAAUGAACCAUUAGACAAAACUAAAAAAGAAUCUUAAAUUUAAAAUGACCUUGAGUUACAGAACUUUUGUACAAUUGAGUAUUAUUCGUACUUUUUUUGAAUAUGAGUUUUAUUUAAUUGUGUAUUGUUGGACCUAUGACUUUAUAAUAUUUAUAAAUCUGUUAUUAUUGAUUGUUAUAUUUUUGCUUUAAAAUUUACUUUACAAAAUAAUAUAUUAGUAUGAAUAAUACUUGAACAAAAUAAACUGCCAUAGGAAUAUUCUCCUGUCCUGAUGUCACAAAAAUAUCUAUUUACAGGAUGAUAUGCAUGUUAGGAAUAUAUUAUUAUGUUCGUAUAUAUAUAAAAAAAAAGUUAUAAAGCAUUUUUAUUUUUUUAAAACCUAUUCCAUAUUCCAUAAACAAUAAUAACAAUUUUUGUGAUAAAAAAAUACAUUUAGAACCUGUUGGUCUUAAUUAUGUAGAUUUUGUAAUAAUUUGGGGCUUGAAAUCGAGUUUUGUAGCUUCGUCAAGAAGGUUUGCGUACAAUUCCAACCUUUGAGUCAUC